UUCCCCGCACAUGCUCUUAACCGUUAGCGAUCUCGAGAAGCGAGCAAAAUAACAACCGACAGAUCCUCCGAGAUUCCGAUUCCAAACCGUCUCUCUACGACAAAGAAAUUCUCCAUUUCCGGGUUCGGGAGGAAGGUCGCUCUAUUUAGGUUUCCGGUUUCCGGUUUUGCAGUAGUUGCCGUGGAGACGGUAACGCGGAGCAAUCCUGGGGGCGAUGGCUGGCCUAACCGGAGCGCAGAUCCCUGACGGAGAGUUCACUGCGGCCGUGUACCGUCUUAUCCGGGAUGCCCGCUACGCCGAGGCUGUGCAGCUUCUGGGUGGAGAGCUGCAGAGGAGCCCGAGGUGCCGGGCCGGCCUGUCCCUGCUCGGCUACUGCUACUACCGCCUGCAGGAGUUCGCCCUGGCGGCCGAGUGCUAUGAGCAGCUGGGACAGCUGCACCCGGAGCUGGAGCAGUACCGCCUCUACCAGGCGCAGGCCCUCUACAAGGCCUGCCUCUACCCCGAGGCCACUCGAGUGGCCUUUUUGCUACUCGACAAUCCCGCCUACCACAGCCGCGUCCUCCGCCUCCAGGCCGCCAUCAAGUACAGCGAGGGGGACCUACCCGGGGCGCAGAGCCUGGUGGAGCAGCUGCUGAGCGGGGAAGGGGGCGAUGAGGCUGGAGGGGAGAGCGAGCCCGACGGCCAAGUCAACCUGGGCUGCCUCCUAUACAAAGAGGGCCAGUACGAUGCUGCCUGCGCCAAGUUCGCUGCCGCCCUGCAGGCCUCGGGUUAUCGCCCCGACCUCUCCUACAACCUUGCCCUGGCCUAUUACAGUAGCAGACACUACGCCCCGGCCUUGAAGCACAUCUCAGACAUUAUCGAAAGAGGCAUCCGCCAGCACCCAGAGUUGGGUGUAGGGAUGACUACUGAGGGCAUUGAUGUUCGGAGUGUUGGCAACACCCUGGUGCUCCACCAGACCGCCCUGGUGGAGGCCUUCAACCUCAAGGCCGCCAUAGAGUACCAGCUGAGAAACCACGAGGCUGCCCAGGAAGCCCUCACUGACAUGCCUCCCAGAGCGGAGGAGGAGUUGGACCCCGUCACCCUGCACAACCAGGCCCUGAUGAACAUGGAUGCCAAACCCACAGAAGGGUUUGAAAAACUGCAGUUUUUGCUUCAGCAGAACCCAUUCCCCCCAGAGACAUUUGGUAACCUGUUGCUGCUCUACUGCAAGUAUGAAUAUUUUGACUUGGCUGCAGAUGUUCUGGCAGAAAAUGCUCACCUCACAUACAAGUUCCUCUCACCCUAUCUCUAUGACUUCUUGGAUGCCAUGAUCACCUGCCAGACAGCCCCUGAAGAAGCUUUCCUUAAGCUGGAUGAACUAGCAGGGAUGCUGACGGAGCAACUGAGGAAACUUACCAAGCAAGUUCAAGAAGCACGGCACAACAGAGAUGAUGAGGCUGUUAAGAAGGCAGUGAACGAAUAUGAUGAAACUUUAGAAAAAUAUAUCCCGGUGUUAAUGGCUCAAGCUAAAAUCUACUGGAACCUUGAGAAUUAUCCAAUGGUGGAAAAAAUCUUCCGCAAAUCUGUGGAGUUUUGUAAUGAUCAUGAUGUGUGGAAGCUGAAUGUUGCCCAUGUUCUGUUCAUGCAAGAAAAUAAAUACAAAGAAGCCAUUGGUUUUUAUGAGCCCAUAGUCAAGAAGCACUAUGAUAAUAUAUUGAACGUGAGUGCCAUUGUAUUGGCCAAUUUGUGUGUCUCCUAUAUCAUGACAAGUCAAAAUGAAGAGGCAGAAGAAUUGAUGAGGAAAAUUGAAAAGGAGGAAGAGCAGUUGUCCUAUGAUGAUCCAGAUAAGAAAAUCUACCACCUCUGCAUAGUAAACUUGGUAAUAGGAACUUUGUAUUGUGCCAAAGGAAAUUAUGACUUUGGUAUUUCCCGAGUUAUCAAAAGCUUGGAACCCUAUAAUAAAAAACUUGGGACUGAUACUUGGUAUUAUGCCAAAAGAUGCUUCCUUUCUCUCCUGGAAAAUAUGUCCAAGCACAUGAUCAUGCUGCGGGAUAGUGUUAUUCAAGAGUGUGUACAGUUUCUAGAACACUGUGAACUUUAUGGUAGAAACAUACCAGCAGUCAUUGAACAGCCCCUAGAGGAAGAAAGAAUGCACAUAGGGAAGAAUACAGUUACAUAUGAAUCCAGACAGCUGAGAGCACUGAUCUAUGAGAUUAUAGGAUGGAAUAUGUAAUUGUUGCUUGGGAAUAUUAACUACUUCCUACAUGCUUGGUGCUCAAAUGAGUAUAGCUUUUUAUCUUACUGUAUGUCAUAUUUGUAUUUUGUAUACUUUUACAAAUGUAAUAAAAAUGAUUGGGGGAAAACAUUUUUGAAAAGUCAAGCAAAGUAAAAAUGAAAAAGCAAAAUCUAGGAGCUUCUAGAAAAAGUACAAAUUGAUAUAGUGUGUUAUUUUUAGUAUCAUUCAUAAUCCACCCCCCCUGCCGUUUUGUUAACAAUGGGAUUUUAUCCCUAUGACAUUCCAUUUUUGCCCAAGGUCCCAUUCCACAAACAGGACAAGCAAGUCUGGAUCAGUAUAGACAAGGUACACUCAGAGCUCCCCGGAGUAUAAUACCCAGAGGGGGGAACAACGAAGUACACUUUUAAAUAUUAAUUUUUUUAUAAAUAUGUUUUAUGCCAGAAUAUUCUAUUUCACGUGGCAUUUAGGAACUAAUGUUGAGAUAAAUCAAGUUAUAUGUGUUAAAGGUACAAAGUUCCUAGUGGACAGUAGCAUAUGUGGUAGAAUUUUCAAACCUUGUUUAAGGGUACACAAAGACAUCUGUGGUCUGGUCCAUAUUAAUUAUAAUAUGCCAGAAUUAGCUACUAGUCAGGAUUAUAUGAACCAUUUAUAUAAAAGUUUCUUGUAAAUCUAUUAACUUAUAGUACAUAUCUGCUGCAUAGAUUUUAGAAUGCUUUAACAAGAUGUCCCAAAACAAAGGUAGCAAUUUACAAAGCCCUUAUCUUGAAGGUUUACUCUACACAGUGGACAAGAUUCACUAGGAAAUUCUCCAUUGCUUUAUCACAAAAUGGCAGUCUUAGGGUCAUGGUAUAGAAAGUAUAAAUGCCUGUUGAGGAGGGUAAUUCUGUUCUUUGAUUUAUCUCUGUUUCUAUUCACAUGAAUUGGAAAAUGUAGUAAAAUAAAGUUUUGUUGCCAAUAAUUUU